AUGAUCAAGGUAUGGAUUGAUAUCAUCAUUACCUUUCCCUGCUGCAGUGCACAACAUUAUCUAUAUUCUGUGCAAGCUCCCGCCGUGGGCCGCGCAAAUCUCAUCGCCGCACUUGCCUCGGCAAAGCAACCACCGAAACGAUCGAUAGUGACUCUAGCAAACUGCGACAAUGCAUGGCUCGUCUCCAUUCCCAAGCCUCCCGGAACGACUGGAAAUAAGGCAUUCUACCACAUCCUGCAAGACCCUUGGCUCGGUGGCAUCAACGAUGUUUUCACCGCCUAUCUCUUGCGGAUGCAGCUCAAAGAAAAGUCGGCACUAGACGGCAUCGAGGCCUCCUUGAAGGAGGACACCGAGCACUGCCUCGAUGCGGUUGUCGUCACCCAUACCAACCCGGAUCACCUGCGUGCAGAGACGCUGCGAACCAUUGAUCCGUCAAUGAGGGUCUUCACCGUGGAAGACGCUGCUGCUACCAUCUCCGCAAUGAAGCAUUUUGACAGUGUCGCUGACCUCCCGGAUUUUGCUCGCGACCAGGCGUGGCCCGUCACGCCAGAGAUGCCCGGGUGGCUGUCCGUCUUCCGGCUUCAGGACGAGACCAAGAAGUAUCCGCAUCUAUACCGUGCAAUCGUCAUCAAGAGUGCAGUUUCAAAUGAUAAGAACGAGGUCAUUCUGUACAGCCCGCACGGAGUAGAUCCCGGUAUCGUAGACGCCGCCAUGGAGAUGAACCCCGACGCAAGCGUACUUGCAAUGACGCGCCCGCUCAACGAGACCGGCGCUGGCAUCAAGUCCAAGGGGGUCGCCAAUGCACUCAAGAUUGAGAGGAAACAGGGACCAAAGUAUUGGAUUCACUGCCAAGAAUGUAUUCAGCAUUCAGUACUAAAUUGGUUCAUGGCUUUUGGAGACGCUACUUUGGAACAGGGCUUGAAGGAGGAGGCGAGAGAUGCGGAAGAAGAUUUACCCAAGCCCAGCUGCGUAACAAUUUUGAACGGCGGAGGAUUAAUACUAGCAUUAAAAGGGUUGUCCCCGAUCAAACAUAUUCCAUGGAUCUAUGCCAUCAGACACAAUUAA